AUGGAGUCCAUCGCGACAAGAUCAUCGGAAACGGCACGUGAUGUUGAGUUGAAUGAACAUGAGCAAGUCCCUCAGUCGGCAGACAGAGAAUUUGAGUCAAAACCGUGGAAGUACGUUGGCUAUAAAGGUUACGUGGACUUUCUUUCGUCAGAUGAUGAUCUAUUCAUUCUGCGACGGUUCAAUGCUUUGAAUACCCGGAUCGCCCUUGUAAAGCAAGACAAGAUAUCGGAGCUUGAGCAGAGGCUCGCUGAAAUCGACGAGCAACACAGACAGAGGGACGCACCAGAUGUUAAUAACGGGACGAUACGCGACGACUUGGAGGAGCGGAGGCUUCUAUUGAAUGAUAUCAGCGAUGAGAUAUACCGAUACAAUAAAAUCGUGUUGCAGCAAUCCAGGCUUCGCGAGUACCCUGCAGCAUCUACAAGCGACAUCAAGAAUAUUGAAAAAUGGCAUUUCAACCGUAAAGGCAAGGAGGACUACGGGGCAAUCGACGCUGAUGAGCAGAAAUAUUUGAACCACAAAAAUGACCUCAUAUGUGUCACACAUAAAAACAAGACACCGUUACGAAAGAUGAUUGACAAAUCUCGCCGUCUUCGUACUUUAGGUGUCUGGAGAAGCAAAGAUGAGAAAUCAAUCCCACAUGACGAAAGUCAGGAUGUUUCAUACUAUUCAGACCAACGUAUAGAUGGUUUUGCAUCCGCCUUCAUUGUAUUUGUUGGCUUGACAAUGCUGGUCGCGCCAAUAUGGGUUCUGGAUUCCCUCGAAUCAAUGCGCUUGAGGCUCAUGGUAAUCACGGUCUUUAUAGUGGUGUUUCUGCUUGUGAUGUCCUUUGCCAUGGUGGCCAAGCCAUUCGAGGCUCUUGGAGCAACAGCAGCGUAA